GCUGAUGUUCAGUCAAAGGAAAAGAAAGAGCAACAGGAGGGGGUCUUUCUCAUCCUUGCUGCUCAUUUCUGGGGUGCUUUCUCUAAUGGGGAUCCAGGCAGCUUACCACAAGCAUGUGAUCCAGUUUAUAACAGUGGGCACAGAAAACUCCCUCUUUGACUACUUUAUAGUGGACUUUCUGGAUGAUGUUCAAGUGCUAUCCUAUGACAAACAUACUCAACAGCUCAAGGCCAAGGAGGACUGGGUGGUCCAGGCCCUGGGAGCCAAGUUCAUAGCAAAGACCCAGCAGAAAUUGCUGGAUCAUGAGAAAGAUUUCCUCUGGUUCCUGAAGAAGUUGAUGUUGAAUGAGACCAAGCGUGAUGUGAACCACACAGUGCAGAUUUUUGCACUCUGUGAGAUUGAGAGUGACAGCCAUAUAGGAAAUGAAAUCCAGAUUGCUGUGGAUGGUCAUGAAUUUAGCGUCUUGGAUGAUGAGAUGGGCCUUUGGAUUGCCUUGAUGUCUGAGGCUCAGUCCUUUUUACCAGUUCUGACAAGUACUCUCUGGACCACUCAGAGGGAACUCUACAUGCAAGAAUAUUGUAUUGAUACCAUGAAAAAAAUCCUGCAGCACUCAGUUAUAAAGAAAAAUGUGCCCCCUGAGGUAACUGUAUCCCAGUAUGAAACUGUGGAUGGAAUUACCACCCUGUCCUGCUCAGCUACUGGCUUCUACCCCCGCUCUAUACUGUUGCACUGGCAGAAUGGGAAGAACAUAAUUAUGGCUGGAAAGCAGAGCUCUAGUGGUGUCUUGCCAAAUGCUGAUUCCACCUUCUACCAACGAAUCACUAUUGAACUCUUACCAGAAGAUAUGGGGACUGAUUAUGACUGUGUAGUGGACCAUAUUGAAUUGGGGCCACCAAAAGCAUAUCCCAUCCAAGUGAAGUAUCCUAAAAAGAGGUCUUGGACUGUGACCAUAACCAUCCUGAGUGUUGUGAUUCUGGUCUUGAGCUGUACUGCAUCCUUCAUCGUGUGGAAGAAAAUGAAAACAGGCUUCAGUCUGGGUUGA